AUGGCUGGAUCUACAGGGCACCCCGACCUGUACCCUAUUGUUGCAGUUCCCAGUGGCGCAGAACGUGUAGCUGUAGCUGGGUCGCCAAUAGGGGAUGUGUGGCUGUGCUGUGCAGCGCGUCUGGGAGCUGCAGCUUGGGAGUACGACGACAAUUGGUGCGAAUGCCCUGGCUGCGAAGAUGAGCCUCGCUUCUCACCCGACACCUGCAAGUCCCCAGAACCAGCUUUUUGCGGGGAUUGGGCACUUUGCACCCGGGAGUUCAUCGAUGAGCGCAACUGCUUCCAAUACGACCAACCGGGAAGGCCGAUGUUCUCCUGCUUUAGCAAUGGCUGGCAGCUACCCCUCACCUUUGCCGACGAUGGCUAUUGCGAUUGCCCUUACUGCGAGGACGAAUCGGACCAGACUUGCUUAUCCUGCGGCUAUUGCCCAACGAAUGUCUGCGGAGACUACGGCCACUGCUCGCUGGGUCAGUCGGGGAAAUACGGCUGGUACGUGCCGCUGUGGGCCAAGAGCGAGUACGUGAACGUCCUGGAAAACCUUGCUAGGGGUGACACGCGAAUUCCGGUGGAAGAUGUGAGUGGUUUCCGUGUCGGAGACACUGUCAUGAUAUCCGAUUCGCUCGACAGCGAGGAACACACUGUGACAGAUAUCGAACUUUCUGCGAACAGCACUACCGCAGACAACACCACCGGCAGUAUUUCCUCGCUUGAACUGACUCACUCCGUGGCCGAAGGGGCAGUUUCACCUGGUGCAAUCUUCAUCGACUCGCCUCUGUUGUUCCCGUACAUCCUGCGAGCCUCUAUACGAGUCCAAAGAACUGGAUCCAUCAACACCACAACUGGCAGCAAUGACACUGCUCCCAGCAACACCACAGCUGACAGCAACGACACGGUUGGCAGCAAUGACACAAAUCCCAGCAAUACCACGGCUGACAGCAACGACACUACAUCCACCAACGCCACAGCUGACAGCAACGACACGGUUGGCAGCAAUGACACAAAUCCCAGCAAUACCACGGCUGACAGCAACGACACCACAUCCACCAAUGCCACAGCUGACAGCAACGACACGGUUGGCAGCAAUGACACAAAUCCCAGCAAUACCACGGCUGACAGCAACGACACCACAUCCACCAACGCCACAGCUGACAGCAACGACACGGUUGGCAGCAAUGACACAAAUCCCAGCAAUACCACGGCUGACAGCAACGACACUACAUCCACCAACGCCACAGCUGACAGCAACGACACGGUUGGCAGCAAUGACACAAAUCCCAGCAAUACCACGGCUGACAGCAACGACACCACAUCCACCAAUGCCACAGCUGACAGCAACGACACGGUUGGCAGCAAUGACACAAAUCCCAGCAAUACCACGGCUGACAGCAACGACACUACAUCCACCAACGCCACAGCUGACAGCAACGACACGGUUGGCAGCAAUGACACAAAUCCCAGCAAUACCACGGCUGACAGCAACGACACCACAUCCACCAAUGCCACAGCUGACAGCAACGACACGGUUGGCAGCAAUGACACAAAUCCCAGCAAUACCACGGCUGACAGCAACGACACCACAUCCACCAAUGCCACAGCUGACAGCAACGACACGGUUGGCAGCAAUGACACAACUCCCAGCAACGCCACAGCUGACAGCAACGACACUACAUCCACCACCUCCACAACAACUCCCAGCAAUGUCACAGCUGACAGCAACGACACUACAUCCACCAACUCCACAGCUGACAGCAACGACAGUACUUCCACCAACAUCACCGCCGACAGCAAUGACACUGCUUCCACCAACACAUCUGGCAGUUCCAACAGCACCAUCGGCACGACUCAGUCUUCAGGCCUGUCGGACAAUGUCCCUGCGGGAUCCACCGUGAUUCCUGUGGAAGACAUCAGCCCCUUUGAGAUCGGGGACGUGAUCCUCAUUGCAGACAUCAGUGCAAGUGAGAGUAAAGUAGUGGUCAGCAUCUCUUCCGGAACAAGCCUGUUCCUCGAAGAGGAGUCGGAGUCUGGCAUCCAAGCCGUCCCGGGCACACUCACAGUGGAUUCGCCGCUGGCAAACGGGUUCCUGGGCAGUGGCAGCGUCACCGUCGUGUCCAGAAGCAGCACAACCUUUCCGCCGGCGAGCGCCUAUCCCACAGGCUCCCGGCGAGGCGAGGCAUGGCGAGGAGCUUGGGGCAAGCGCCGGCAUAGACACCGUCGCUUCAGAAGAUGGAGGCAUGGACAAGGAAAGAGGUGGUCACGACAUCGACGACAUGAAUCCUCUAAAUACUCCAUGGUGGAAGCUGUGAAGACAAACAGGCUCCAGCGCAGCGCUCACAGCGAGGGCUUGAGCUGGGCCAGCUGGGAGCUGAAGCAGCAGCUCUUGGCCAAGGCCCGCUUGGAAGCCGGCGUCGGUCACUCGGUGCUGCGGGGCCUUCACGCCGUGGACGACGCUGGGAGAGACUCCAGGCUUCUCCAGCGGAAAGGGCGAGCUGAGGGCAGGAACGGCGCUCCGCCGCCUCCACCGCCUCCGCCUCCCAGCAGCCUGAGCCGGCCAUCCCGGCGCUGGGAGAGGGAGCGGUUGGAGGCGCAAAGCCGUAGCGCCAAAACCGAUCAGCAGUCCGCUGCUUGGGCCGGCGUCUCCGCCGGAGCCAAACCGCCGGCAGAAGGAGCGAGGACGGCGACGGCGACCCGGCAAGAAGGACGGGCGCUGCUCUCCCGAAGCUCUGUACGAAGUUCUUCGGUUUCCUCGGUCAAGUUCAAGAAGGUCAGCAAGUGGGCCAAAGACACGCAAAAGUUUGUGGAGCAGACCGGCAAAGCCCUUCAAGGCACCAUUAGCGAUGUCGGAGCAGUUGUGGCGAGCACCGCAGAUACCGUCGUCGAGAAGGUCAAGGACGCAGCUGAGAGUUCCGCCAGCGCUGCUCAAAAUUCGGCCUUGCAAGCGCGCAGCCACCUGGACGGCGCCGCUGCUUGGGCAGCCGGCGGCGUGAGCUUGGCGGUGAAGUGGGGAAUCCAGGAGGGGGCCGAUCUGAGGGCUUGGACGGAAGAUUUAGCGGAAGAUGCCGCGCUUUGGACAGAGGGAACUGCCGCGGACCUUGCGGAUCUGGCCACAGAAGGAUCUCAACUAGCAAUGGAAGCGGCCGAAACCGCAGGGAAGUUCUUCAUGGACCAGUUCCAGAAUGGCCGGGAAUUGGUGUUGGCCGUUUGGCGCGAGAUCCAGGACAUCAUACUGCCUUACAACGGCAUCGGGCCGAAUAUUUGCGGCAAUCAGUUUCCCGCGCUCGUCUUCCAGGGGAUCGAUUCGGGCUGUUUUGACCAGGCCAAAGACAUGCUGAAGGACGUCGAUGCGUUUGUGCGCGACGAUGCGAUGCGCCUGGUGGCAGCCAUGAGCGACAAUUUGGCCAACAUGUUCACCGACGAGGACAUGUGGCAAGCAAUUCUUGGCGUUAUCGGUCUAAACGACAUCAAGAGUAUUUCUUCCAGUCUUUUGAACCCGGGCACCCUGCCGGUCUUGAAAGCCAUAGAACUCGCGGACAAGAUUCAGAAGGUGAUGGUGACGUACGCGAAGCGCCACUUGGAGGCUAUUGCGAAGGACAUCGAGGUCUUCUUCGAGGGAGUGCUGAGGCUGCUCGGCGGUCUGGUGGAUAAGUUCGAGAAGCUCAUCUCGGACGUUUUCGCAAUCCAAGGUUUCAAGGGGAAGACGUGGUACAUGUCACUCUGCAGCGAGGGCUUCCUAGACAAGUACUUCGUGGGUGUUUGUCAGAUUUAUCCCAUCACGUUCGACGAAGAUGCUCUCAAUCAAAGGCGGGUCUUCGAACUUAGCUGGGGGCGUGAGAUCCCAAUGAGCCUUAACGCGAAAACGGGCGAGGCGACCAAGCAGGAUCGUCGGAUCGCCAAAGGUUUCGGUGGCGGCUUUAAGUUUGGGCCCAUCGUUACCAACGACUGGAAAUCACUGAUGGGGAAAGCUGAAACCCUGGGAUUGGCCGCCACCUUCCCGGGCUUCAAGGCGCGAGAGACCUCCAUGGAAGUUUCCAUUACCGCAUCCUCAACGGACGACCCGGAUGAACGCGAGACCUUGACAGUCGACUUCUACACUGGAGCAACCACCGACGAAGGGAGCUUCUCACUGGCCGUCUUCUACGCCAAAGCCAUUGGGUUCGGGAUCGAUGUCGGCGAGUUCUUGAAAAAGAACGCCGGGAAGGCUGUCAAGACAUACAAGAAGCCUGACGAUGACCUGUUGAACGGGAUGCCUCCGGAGCAACGCAGCCGGAACAGCACGAGGCGCUCGCAGGUACCUCUCCUUGCGGACCCCCGCCGCAGCGCGAGCUACUCCCAGGAAAUGGCCAUGAUGGGACGGCGGGAUUUGGCAGAUCGGAAUCGGAUGACGACAGACCUGGACGCCUCGAUUUUCCCAAAGAUCCCGGUUUAUGAGAAUCCGUAUGUGGCGCCAAGUUCGGCCAGCCAGGUCCCGGCCAUUUCCAUUGCUUUCGACGCAGAGUUGGAUACGCCGGUGGCGGUGGAUCCGCUUCAGGUCUGGCGGGACAGGAAGACCUUCUAUGUCACAUCUGCUUCUCCUCUUGCAGAGCCUAUGGACUUGCCGAUGAAGCGGAGCUGGGGCGUCUUCGCAGGUGCUGACUGCCCGCCCGGCACGGCCGUCACAUCGUACGAGGAGUGCUACCAGGCCAACGAGUUCUUGCGGGAUUCCAAUGGACGCUCGGGAAGCCAAGAGCUGCUGCUGAGCACGACGAAAGAGUACGGCGACUUUGGGAAGCAAGUGCCCUUUGGCUGCUCGAUCCAGCGCACGCAAGAAGCCUUCGCGCACUGGAAUACAGAAGUCUUUACCGACAGCAAACGAGCCAUCCUCGACGAGUUUCGCAUGGUUUGCAGGAGGUCCUUCUAUGUGGGAGAAGGAGCUCAGAGGCGAUGCCUUGGAGGCAGCCAAAUCCUGGAGAAGGAGAGCUGUGUGCAUGCCUAUAUGCAGCUCCAGAACACUUUCCCGCGGCCGUUGAAGCCACCGCAAAACUACCUUGCUGAAGCUCAGGCGCCUAAUUAUCUUGAUGUACCUCCUGGCUGCACCGUCCGAUGGGAGACGAGCAGCCGCUACAGGGACCUUUAUUGGUAUCCGGGCGGCAAACCACCAGCCCAAAAUUUGGUUUCCUGCAGUCAGGAGCAGUAUUGCAUCUCAUCGGGAUGGGGAGGAGGAUAUGACUGUUUCUCUGGGCCGAUGGAGUAUGCAAGCAGCUGCGACCAGUGCCCUAUGGAGUCGAGCCGACGCCGCCCCUACCCUUGCAGCGGGUACGACUGCAAGAGGCGGCACGGACAGUGCGUGCCGAAGGAUUGGGAUGGACCCGACACCACACGCCACCUUUGCAAGAAGCAGGGUUUCUGGACCGAAAGGGAAGGCGCUCGCACAUGCCCGUAUGGCUCCAUCAUCAAGACCUUUGAGGAGUGCCGAAAUGCAUACGAAGCUUUGAAAGACCGUUUUCAAGACUUCCCUGCUGGAGGCCUGAGAAGAGCUACUUCAAGUGAACGAAACGAAUAUCCUCCUGGAUGCUCCAUUGAGACGUACACAUACAACACGCCGGUCUUCAACGAGAACUUCAAGUCGCCCGGCACACGGGCACUGCUGCCAAAGACGGGCAGCAACAUCCCGGCAGUUCCUGUGUGCAAGCAGCCGAACUGGUGGGUUGGGGAGGAGCAGGGCAGGUGCCCGACAGGCACUCAAAUCUUCGACGCUGUCGAGUGCAAGAGGGCCCACCAGGCACUGCGGAUCGAGUUUAGCGGGUUCGCCACGAAGUCCUUUCAGAAGGUCAGCGUCACCCACAUGCCGCAAGGAUGCGCUGUGCAGAAGAACAGCAAGGACCCCAUCCCCUAUUUCAACUCGAACGCCAACAACAUACCGGCAGGUGGUUGGUAUCCUAUUUGCAGGCCCGCACGCUAUUACGUGGCACCCUUUGGGGAGACGAGGUGCCCCGUGGGCCACGAGAUCCGCACUGCAGAAGAGUGCCUGCGCGCUCACAACGCGAUGAGGGCCGAGAUCACGAGGACUGUCGGCUUCUGGCGCAGCGAAGGCUUGCUGGCCGGGUAUUGGCAGAACAACCCGGCUUGGUGCAGCACCGGGGCAGGACCAGACACCAGCCUGUAUUUCAACUGCCGGAUGUCGGCAGACGGCCUGAGCACAGUCGACACACUUCCCUACGAGCCGAACCCCAGGCACAAGCCGCUGUGCAAGGUCCGUGUGGAAAGCGAGCCGCAAGAGACAAACAGUUGCGUUGUGCCCGACACUGGCCCAACGUACAGGAUGCUGCUGUGGAGGCCCGGAUGGAGUAAUGAUCGACGGUGGUGCGUCAAGCCCACAGUGACCUUCAACCCAGCAGCGGUGGAAUGGGGAGUCCAAGACGUGGUGGUGACCUGUUGCGAUCCGCAGCAAACCCCCGUGUGGUACUUUCCCACUCGUGCGCCGGGCGACUGCAUCCGAGGGAGGACUUGGACUGAGGCAAAGUACUAUUGCGAGUCCAUCGGCGAGCGGCUUUGCAAUGAAGAUGAGGCACCCGACACAUACACCAUUUGGAGCAAGUGCAACAGGAGCCACGAUGCGACUUGGCUGAGCCACCAAUGCUAA